AUGCCCGUAAGAAAUCUACUGUCGGCGGAGGAUGUGGUGACGGAGCACAGGUGGUUAGUCGGAGACACGUUUCGGAAUGCGAACCGGAAUCCAGCUUCAGGUUGGCGGCGACGGAGCACCGAUGUUUUGUCGGGGAGAGCUUUCGGGAUGGCGGAGAACCAGAUUCGUUCGUCCUCAUCGUUAGCUGCGGUCGCGAGGCUACUGAGAUCUAAGUCGGCGUUGGCGCUUUCUCUGCGAUUGCGACGUGACGGAGGUUUGACUCAGUAA